AUGGCUGGAGGCCUCCCCGAGCCGAGCCGCGACACCGCCCUCGAGGGCGGCCUCGCUGGGCGCACCAUCCACGAGGUGCGCGACCUGAGUGCCGCGGAGCAGCUGUACCUCUACGAGCGCACGCGGCGCUUCAAGGCGCGAAAGCGCGAUGCGAAUCCAGAGGCCGAAGGCCCUGCGCUUUGCGAGAUUCCGGACGAUGCCGUUGAGGAGCGAGUGGACAACCCGGAUUGCACCGUGUACCUGAUCUUUAUGGAAGGCUCCACCCGCACCCGGGAAUCCCUCCGCAAUGCCGCUGUCUACCACGGCGUGAAGGUGAACGAGUUCCAGGCCGAAACGUCGUCCUUCCAGAAGAAUGAGACCAUCACGGACACAAUGAAGAUGCUCUCCGUCUACUCCACCCAGCGCAGCGUCUUCGUGAUUCGCAGCGUUCUGGAGGGCGUGUGCAGUUGGCUUCGCACUGCCAUGGGCAACCACGCCGCCAGCAUGGGGGUGCCACUCCCCUCCUUCCUGAACGCCGGUGACGGCCUCUUCACCCAUCCCAUCGGCGAGUUCGUGGACAUGUAUUCCCUGCUGGAGCAGAACCGCUGGAACCGCGAGACCGUUCACCUGGCGCUGGUUGGGGACCUCGCGCACGGGCGUACGGCUCACUCCAAGGUGGAGGGGCUGAAGCUCUUUCAGAAGGUGACGGUGGACCUGGUCGCCCCUGAGAUCUUUAGCUACCCGGUUGAGUACCGGAACCGCAUGAGGGAGGAGGGCUUCGAAGUGCGCGAGUUUGCGUCCGUGGAGGAGUAUCUGGAGAAGGCGGCGGGAAGCAUCGCGGACGUGUGGUAUUUCUACAAGCCUCAGUUUUCGAAGUGCGGGGACUUGAGCGCCAUGCGGCUCAGCGAGCUCCGGACGCAGGUCUCUUUUCGCGAGGAGUUUCUGCCGAAGCUCCUGGGCUAA